AUGUAUGUAUUGUUGCAUAUUAUACCACAUAAGGUCAAACUUGACCCCAGAAGCAUCAAGAACCCGAUGCUCCGGCUCGACUGUGCCGGCACACUGCCUCCUCGCGCACGCUGCUCGCAGGCCGUUGCGGCCCGUGGUGCACCAGAGAGAGAGGCCAGCCAGAAGGUGUGUGGUGACGGCACCGUGGCAGGAGUGCGGAGAAGAGCUCGCCGAACGCGAGCAGCAGAUGGCCAAAGUGUGCCAGCGCGAGAGCCUCGCGAGCGGGCGCAGAAGGAGCUCGCCGUGACACGAUGCCGGGCGGUGGUGGUGCUCUGGCGACUGUGCACAGUGGGCAAAGUCAGGCUGCAACAGGGCAGCACGUUGGUAGUGCCCUGCUGCAGCCUGGCCUGA